CUUUGUUUUGGAGCCCCGAGGCUCUCUUAUAGAAGACAUGAGGGAAAAGGCAAAAGAGACUCAGGCGGGAAUGGCCCACCUCGCGGUAAGCAGCAGCUAG